AUGGACUUUCAAGAUAGUGGGAGCGAGGACUAUCUGUCCGACGAGGAAACGAGUCAGGUGCUGAUCACCUCGAAGAAGAACCAGGGCAAGGAUGUCUUCAAUCAGAACGAAGAAGAGGAAAGUGAGGUGGAAAGCGAAAUCGAAGACCAUCCAGGCUCAACUACCGAGCUAGCGAGGUUCGACGGCAAUGAGCCCGAAACGGACACGAGGGCCCAGAUCUCUCGAGAUGAGCAUGGUCUGGAAGGCACCGAGGAUGAGGUACGCCAGUAUCAGGACGAAGAAGAGAAAGCCACAGCAUCUGCUGACGAGAAAGAAGAUCAAGACUUGGAAGGGCUCAAGAAAGAGAGGCUAGAGAGGUUGAAAAAGCUACGGGCAGUCAAAAAAAGUAAGCACAAGACUGGCGUGGUGUACCUGUCGAAGAUUCCACCGUACAUGAAGCCCGCCAAAAUGCGCCAACUGCUUUCACGGUUUGGGGACGUCGACCGACUAUUUUUGAAGCGCGAAGAUGACCAGAAGCACAGAAACCGUGUACGGGGUGGCGGAAACAAGAAGGUGAUGUUUGAAGAAGGGUGGGUGGAGUUUGUGCGUAAGAAAGACGCCAAGCUGUGUGCCGAUACUUUGAACGGAAACAUCAUCGGAGGCAAGAAGGGUAAUUUUUACCACGACGACGUGAUGAACGUGAAGUAUCUGUCAGGCUUCAAGUGGGCCGAUCUCACGGAACAGAUUGCCCGUGAGAAUGACGUGCGCCAGGCCAAGCUGCAACUCGAAGUUUCUCAGGCCAACAAGAUGAACGCCGAAUUCAUUCGCAAUGUCGAAAGAAGUAAAAUGCUCGGGAACAUCAAGGCUUCGAAGAAGCGCAGUGGCUCGGAGCCUGACGAAAACAUUCGGCAGGAGCCUUCGCCACAAGGCUUCAAGCAGCGCAGGGUAACAACGACGCGUGCAGCGGGCCCAGAAGAGCACAAGCAAAGCUCCUCCAAGCGUUUAGACAAUGUCAUACAAAAUUUGUUCUAA